GUGACAGUGCCGGCAGCCCGCUCCUCUGCUGCGAUGGUCGACAUGGAAAGCCACUACCAUCCCCCUUCGCCCCUGGAGGACUCGGUGCUGGGCAGCCCCCUGUGCGCCGGUGACGACUUCAUGGGCGGCAUGGAGGAGCUCCAGGACAUCUCCCAGUCCAUCGACAAUGAUGCCCUCAGCUCCUUCGAUGUCCCUGAAUACCAGUCCUCCAGCAAUGGCUCUGAAGGUUCCACUGUUUUAGAUGCCCUGACGCCCGCAUCCAGUCCGUCGUCGGUAGUUUACGGCAUGGCGGCGGGCCAGGAGGACUUCUCAUCUUCCUCCUCCUCACUUAACCUGGAGUGUCGAGUCUGUGCCGAUCGCGCCUCAGGCUACCACUACGGAGUGCACGCUUGCGAGGGAUGCAAGGGUUUUUUCCGGCGGACCAUCCGUCUGAAGCUGGAGUACGACAAGUGCGAGCGCCGCUGCAAGAUCCAAAAGAAGAACCGCAACAAGUGCCAAUACUGCCGCUUCCAGAAGUGCCUGUCGGUGGGCAUGUCCCACAACGCUAUCCGUUUCGGUCGGAUGCCCCAGUCGGAGAAGCUAAAGCUGAAGGCGGAGAUGGUGACGGGGGACAGGGAGGUUGAAGACCCCCACGUAGCCGACCAGAAGACGCUGGCCAGGCAGAUCUACGAGGCCUACCUCAAGAACUUCAACAUGAACAAGGCCAAGGCUCGAACCAUUCUCACCGGCAAGACCAGCACCCCUCCUUUCGUCAUCCACGACAUGGAGACCCUCCAGCUGGCAGAGCAGACCCUGGUGGCAAAGAUGGUGGGCUCGGCGGCCUCGCUGAAGGACAGGGAGGCAGAAGUUCGGAUCUUCCACUGCUGCCAGUGCACGUCGGUGGAAACGGUGACAGAGCUCACGGAGUUUGCUAAGUCCGUGCCCGGCUUCUCGAGCCUGGACCUCAACGAUCAGGUGACUCUUUUGAAAUACGGCGUGUACGAGGCCCUCUUUGCCUUGCUCGCCUCCAGCAUGAACAAGGACGGGCUCCUCGUGGCGUACGGCUCAGGCUUCAUCACCCGGGAAUUCCUCAAGAGCCUGCGGCGGCCGUUCAGCGAUAUGAUGGAGCCAAAGUUCCAGUUUGCAAUGAAGUUCAACGGGCUGGAGCUGGACGACAGCGACCUGGCUCUGUUUGUGGCUGCUAUCAUCUGCUGUGGAGACCGGCCCGGCCUGGUGAAUGUGGCGCACAUCGAGCGAAUGCAGGAGAGCAUUGUGCAGGUGCUACAGCUCCAUCUGCUGGCCAACCACCCUGACGACGCUUUCCUCUUCCCCAAGCUGCUGCAGAAACUCGCCGACCUCCGGCAGCUUGUCACCGAGCACGCUCAGCUGGUGCAGGAGAUCAAAAAGACAGAAGACACUUCGCUUCACCCGCUCCUGCAGGAGAUCUACAGAGACAUGUACUGA